UUAACUCUCAGAAAGUUUGGUCUGAGUUGCAUUUUUUUUGUAAAUACUACCAAACCAGGCUACUGCUGUCGCGUCAUAAUUUGUUUUUGAAUAAGCGCGAAUUAUAAUAAAACCCUCAUAAAAAUAACAACUACGAUGUCACUUUGCAAAGAGCGAUUAGUUCAAGAAGAAAAGCGAGAAACAGUCUUGAGUGAAAGCAAUGGGGACUCGGGAAAGAAGUCCAGAGCGGUCUGUGGUGUUUGUAAUCGGAUGUAUCGAGACCCUAAAAUCCUGCCUUGCUUGCACACUUUCUGUGCGGACUGCGUUCGCCAGCUCGAGCCGUUUUCUGUGCGUCGCGUGAACGGGGAACGACGCUCGCCUGAAGAUGACACGCACGGGCACAACUCUGGCUCCACGAUCCUGUGUCCUGAGUGCGAUUCAGAGGUGAAUCUGCCGCCAUCGGGUGUGGAUGGGCUGACCACUGAUCAUCUCGCGCUGGACGAGGUUUUCACGGAGACACUGCUAGUGGACAGCAGCGUUUUGUGCGACUUGUGCAGCGACAGUAACGCGGGGAAGCGCUGUGAGGUGUGCUGUGUCAACCUAUGCGACUUCUGCAGUCAGGCCCACAGGAGACAGAAGAGGACCUCCUCUCACUCUAUCCAAAGCCUACAGGAGUUGAAAUCCCAGGGUCGUCUCACUAGACCCGUCCUGUGCUCGCUGCAUCCUGGUCAGGAGUUACGGCUCUUCUGCGAGCCAUGUGACCUCACUGUGUGCCUGGAGUGUGCGGCCACCUUUCACCGUGACCACCACUGCAGCUCUGCCCAUGAGGUCAUCAGUCGCCAUGGAGAUCGCAUCAGGGGUUUGGUCGUCAGGAGCUUGAGGCCUCGUCUUGCUCGUCUGGAGGAUUCAAUGAGAUGCGUGGACACAUCCCAAGAGGCUUUGCGGGCAAGGACUGACACGUUGGCGGGUGAGAUUCGGGCGUUUGCUCGGAGUUAUGCCAACGCUGUGGAGGCACAUUGCUGUUCGCUGCUGCGGUCACUGGAGGACUUGAAAAUGCAGCGAAGGAACCAACUCCAUCUGCAGAAGGCUCAACUGCAGCAAGCCUUGUCUGACGUCCGUGGUGGAGUGGACUUUGCAGAACGCCUGCUCAUGUGCGGUUCAGACGCCGAAAUCCUCAGUGCCAAAGGAGUUACUAUGAGGAGAUUGAUGAACCUUGUAGAGUCAGGAUACGACCCACACCCAACGACGAUCGCCCACGAUAAUGCCAGCAGCAUCUGUUUUCUUCCUCAGGAGAGUGCUGGGGAGAUUGAGGGAUUUCCUGUGGUUGGAGUUGUACAUGCUAAGACUUUGGAUCCCAGCAAGUGCACUAUCCAGGGAGAAGGUGUGGAGCGAGGUCGUGAAGGCCAGCGGGACGAGUUCACUCUGGUUUGCAGGGACUCCUCUGGAGAGCAGAUGGGCCGAGGUGGAGACCCUGUGAUGGUCAGCAUGGUGCACAAGGACAGGAAGGACUGCUCUGUGGAGGUGUGUGUGGUGGAUAACAGUGAUGGCUCCUAUGGUGUGUCCUACACCCCUGCUGAAGCAGGUCUUUACUCUGUGUGGGUCUGUGUGAAAGCACAGCACGUCCAGGGAUCACCUUUCGUGCUAAAUGUGAAGAGGAAGUUCAGACGUCACUGUGGCGUAUUCCAUUGCUGCUCCUUCUGCUCUAGUGGGGGCGCUAAAGAGGCACGCUGUGGCUGCACAGGGACCAUGCCAGGAGGGUUUCAGGGUUGUGGACAUGGUCAUAAAGGACACCCCGGUAAGCCCCACUGGUCAUGUUGUGGAAGCGUAGUGGAGGCUUCAGAGUGUAUUCUACAUAACCUAGGCAGCGUUUCUCCUCGUGGACAUCUCCGGACUGUGGAGCUCUGAGACAACCAGCAAAUAUACUCUGUCUGAUCAAAUUUGUACCAUAAACCAUUAACCAGUCAACAUAUAAAGCACAAAUUCACAUUGUGCCUUUCGUGUUGCCUUUAUUCAUACAGUGUAAUUCUCAUUAUUUUGAAAGAUUAAACUUUUUAGGGUGUUGA